AUGCGGACCUCAUUCAAAAGGCUGCCAUUCAAGAAUUUUCUGAUAUGCCUUGCCAUCGCGUUCGGGAAUGUGACCUAUGGCUAUCACGCCGCCAUCAUUGGAACAACUCUUUCUCAGCCCACCUUUCUGAUUUACUUUGGAAUCGAGAAUGAGACCAAGGAAAGAUCUGCCAAUGCGGAUGCUUUAAUUGGGGCAAUGAACGGGUCGUUCCAAGCCGGUUCUCUGUUGGGCGUCAUUACUACCGGUAUGAUACUCACCCGGUAUGGGUGUAAGAUGGCCAUUUUCUACGCCGCAACCUGCUGUACCAUCGGUGCGGCCAUUGUAACAGCAAGCCAGAAUGUUGCCAUGUUCAUUGCCUUCAGGUCCGUCGCGGGGUUCGGCUCGGGCCUGUUACAGGUUUCCCGAUGUUAUGCAGGUCCGGUUUAUACCGCCGAGCUUUCUCCGCCCAAAUUUCGAGGUUUCUUCGUGGGGAUGAACGGUUUGAUGAUUGCGGUGGGUUUUGGGUUGGCAUCAUGGGUAGGCCUCGCGUUUAACAGCUUGGUGUCCGAUUCAGAGGCACAGUGGAGAGGCCCUCUUGGAAUCGGAAUACUGUUUUGCCUGAUGUCUAUUGGCUUUCUGCCCUUUCUUCCUGAGUCACCCCGCUGGAGGAUGAUGCAUGCACAGAACGAGGAGGCUUGGAUUACUCUCCGUGAGAUCCAUGAUUCUGAUGGAGACGAGCAACUCCAUCACUUUGCAGUGCGCGAGUACAACCAAAUUCGCAAACAAGUUGAGCUCGAUUGCACUCUUGAUAGCUCCUGGAAGCAUAUGUUCCACAAGCCCUCCUAUCGCCGACGUUGCUUACUGGUCAUUGCCUAUGCAUUCUUAGGUGAAAGCACCGCUAUGCUAGUGAUUACUAACUACGGUUCGAUUUUGUAUAAGCAACUGGGAUAUGACAAUCACAGCCAAAUUGUUCUAGAGGCAGCAUACCAGGUAAUUCCCUUCGUGGGAAACUUGGUUGGCUGUCUGAUUGUGGAUAGAGUGGGGAGGCGAACACUUAUGCUAGCGUCCCUUGUUGGCUGCAAUAUCUUUGUCGCACUCGAAGCGGCCAUGGUUGCGGUCUAUGCCGACUCAGCAUCGAACGAGGCCGGCCUGAAGAUGGGAGUCGCGGUGCUUUUUUGUUUUAUCUUUUGUUACGCCAUUGGUGUCGAUGUCGCGGGCAUCGUGUUCUACGGUGAAAUAUUUCCUAACCAUAUCCGCGCCAAAGGACUGACUUUGGCCGUUGGGGCAAGGACAUUGACGGAUCUGGUCUAUCUGGAAGCCGCCACGACGGCCUUUGCCAAUAUUGGGUGGCGAUUCUUCUUGGUAUUCAAUGUGAUUCUAACGGUCGGUACGGUGGUAAUGUAUUUUGUUCUUCCAGAGACGAGGGGGUUGCCGCUGGAGGAAGUCGCUGCCAUAUUUGGUGACAAAGAUGAGGUCAGAUCUUACAUUCAUCAAAUCAAUGAUGAGGACAAUAAUACUGCGCUACCGGAGUUUUCUGACACUGAAGUUGGGGAGAGUAAGUGUGAGUUAGACCCUUCAAAAGGGUCCGAGUAUUUACAUCUUGAAUAUGUCGGUGCUUGA